AUGAGUAAUUCAAUUCAGCAACUUGAAUUAAAUGCUGCUAAUGCUGUUUCAACGGGUCAAUUCAAUGAAGCGAUCGAGAUUUACUCAAGAAUUAUUCAAUUGGCUACAAAUACAUUUAAUGCAUAUGAUACUUCAUUAGUAUUUGUAAGACGUGCUGGCUACUGUAUUCUUGCUAAAAGAUAUGAAGAAUCACUAGUUGAUAGUGAAAUAGCAAUUGGUCUUGAUUCAAAUAAUAUUUUGGCAUAUUCACAGAAAGCAGCUUUGCUUCACUUGAAUAAGGUGAACGAGGCGAAAGCUGUUAUUCAAUUUGCAAAAGAAUUACCAGGUGAUCAUCAAUUACUCGAAGAAUUAGAAGAUAUAAUAAACAAUUCAUGGUUGACAUUGAGAAAUAAAACAAUAAAAUUCGUCUCGUCGUUAUUAAUUGGUAUAUUAUCAAAUGUAAUUGGUGGUUUUACCGGUUGGAAACAAGGAAUAGUUGCUGUAUCUUUAUGUCUUGGUUUACUUUUUAUACAUCUUCGUCGAUUAUAUCAAUUUUUUAUUCAUAUAUUACACGUAUUUCUACAUGCUGGUCGUCAAUUUUUAUAUCGAAUCUGGCUUCGUCUUCGUGCAAUUCGGUUUAGUACUUCAUCAUCAAUUUUAUCUGCUGAAGUUGGAAUAGCAUAUGAUGCUGAUGCACAAUCAAUCUCAACUCGAUUUUGA